AUGUACAUGAGAAUUUAUUAGACAAUUGUAAUAAUACUUUAUAAGUGUUUGCAAAUGUUCGAUUUCUGCAAAAAUGUUAAAUUUUAUUAAAGUUUAAAAAAAUCGGAUCAAAAUCGAAUAAUUUGAACGUUACGGUUCGAUAGCUUGCCGUUCAAACGCGCUUAACAAAGAGAGGGUACCAUAAUCUUCAAGAAUUCUCCGGACUCGAAUAAAAUUCUAGUUAUUCCCGCGGAAGAGACAGUCUCUUUAAGAAGAUAUCUAGUGAAACAAGUGAAAUGAAGAACUUAUGUAUAAUCUUGUUAUUUCUGCUUGUUUGGUCACCCGCCCAAAUUCAAUCGCGCAAAAACAAGAGGAAAGCUGUUAAAACUACCACAGAAUCGCCUGAGGAAACCACUUUGCAGCCAGCUAUUAUAGCCAUUGAAAUCGUAGACCCCAAUGAAAAUUCGACCAGUGUGAAAAAUUCGAAACGUACUAUAGAAAGCGCCUUGGGAUAUGGAUACAAUAGUUACGAGAAGCCCAGAUAUGAAGUGUACAAGUACUCGCAGCACGACAUCCCAGGCUACAAAGGAGAUAGCUUCAAGAGCUCACCCACUACCCCAUUCAGUGUGCAAAAAUCAGUUCAAUAUACUUUGCCAACAGUCACUGAGCAAAUUCACACUAUUCCCAGCGUGCUCGCGCCUGGAACUACUCUAUAUUCCAGCCUCAGUGCCAAAGGACAAGUGGGAGGCCUCACUUCAAGCCUAUCCCAAAUAUCUGAGCUGCAAAACACCCAAAGUCCCUUACCGGUAAUAGUCCUUAGGAUCUAUCCAGAUCAGCUGAAAGACUCCACCAUACAAGCAAACCUGCCGGAGAAUCAUCCAUUUUCCAAAAAAAUCAACUCGAUUAACAUUCAGUCACUUCUCAAUCACUACAUCAAUGCGAUCCAACCACCCGCUUCAGUGAGUCAGUAUUCAACUAACACCGGAUAUGUGAGUCCAUCGCGGAAUGUUUACUCCACCAGUCAACCUUACACAGCUACAGCUCAAAAAGCCCAAUAUAACAGAUACGAGACUCCAAAUUACUUUACCCACACUGGCUAUCAAGUGCCAGCAACUUACCAAAGCAACAGCGCUUCCCAGUAUUAUCAACCUGGCUACAAACAACAGUCCUAUCAGCAAUCAUACGAACAACCUCAGCAGUAUUCCGAUUACAAUGGAGUGCAACUUCAGGAAGCUCCAAUCAAAUAUCAGUUCAAAUAUGAAAGCCCAACGACGCAGGUGAAGCACGUUCCUAAAAAGCCUGAACCGCAAUUCUACUACGUUCAACCCACCACGCAAAGCAGCUACUCCACUCCGACUUCUCAGUACUACCAGCCCACGCAACAAGCGGAUUACAGCAAUCAGCUGGUGCAAGCGGCAGCACCACAAAGUCAGCAUUAUUUACCUGCGAAUGAUCAGCAGUAUGCUGAUUAUGAAGCAGAGCAACCGCAGCAAUAUGUGGCCACCAGUCCAAAGCUGCUUACUGAAGAGAAUUACCCUACAGAUAAGCACACAAGGGUGGUGUUCCGGACUGCAACCGGAAAUGUUAGGACUCCAGAAGAGGACUCUACAACUCCAAAAGAAGUAAAAACCAUCAACAUCCAAGUCCCUGAUAACAUUGCCAAAGUUGAAGUUCAAGAAACCGAAAAACCGUACUACGGCUACCAGAAUUCGUAUGCUUCUGAUCAAUCAAACGAACCUUAUGCAGAGCCGCUUCGAAGCUACUCCAAGCUGAAAAAUGCCGAUAAUUAUUACGUGACUCGCGAUACAGUGCGUCAGGAUUAUUACAACGCUGAUGAUACUCCUGAGGAUGGAGGCUACAAUUAUCAAAACAUUGACUAUGAACAAAUGGCCAAGUAUUUUGUGCGGCGAGGGGCGAUGCCGCGCGACUUCUACCAACAGCCUGCAGACGCAGAAGAUGCAGAUGUGGACAAUGGCCGGAGCAAUCAAGACGAUCUUGCUGCCGCUUAUGAAGAAGCUGCUUUUCCUUCCACCACCACCGAGCCUUCAGAGAUGAAAAAAACGAAAACUAAGAAGAGGACGUAGGAAUAAAAUGAAAUAACUGGUGGAAAGUGUGUACAGAUAAUGAUACAUUGAAUUAGUACCAAAAAGCACUUUUGUACCCAAAGAUAUUCAGGUAUGGAAAUCUGGUAAUCAAAGAUGUAGGUUAAAGAGCCAAACUAUUGCGAUGCAAUACAUGGUUGGAAAAUUGCUGGUGUUCAUCCAUAAAGGAGUGUCUCUAAUGUGAUAAAAAUUUCAAUAUCGUUGCUCCUAAAAAAUUGUAUAGUAUUUUUUCGGUUUCCCUGAGUACUUUAUUUCAUCAUCUCUUUCAUCUGUUGUGGUACAUAAAUGACUUCCAUACCUUUAUAUAAGUACAGUACAAAUUACAUUGAUGUUGUGCUAUGUUUUCUCAGAACGGUUUUUUCUGAGGUUCAUCUUAUCGAAAAUGCCACGAAAUUAUUGCACGCAAACUGCGUGUAUGCAGGGUAUAGCAGGAAAAGUUAUUUACAGGAUACCUGAAGAAUUGCGUUCAAUUGUUAUGAACACUAGCCAAUCUCAACUUGAGUUCCUCUCAAAAGAAACGAAACUUUUUCCAUGCUAUUAAACAUGCUUUUUCUAUAAUUCUCGAUGUUUUAAUUUGCAAAUGCUAGAAGGUAAGAUUUUGACUGUUACAAAUCAACAAUCAUCAUUUUCUUUCGUACAAACUGAAUUGUAUCAAUAGAAAAUCGUGGACUUUUUCGUUAAUUAAUCCUCAAAUAGCCGAAAGAUUUGUUAUUCAAUUGAAAUGCAGAAGCUAUUCUGAGUUUUGCCAUUGUAGACGUACUAAGUAGUCCGGAAAAUGUGCAAUAUGAACCUUAAUUAGUUAAUAUGUGAACUUAUGUACAUAUUUAUUUAAAAUAUAUUGCUAUACUUACCUUAACGUAUUAUCAAUAACGAGGGAAUAUGUUGAUAUAUCUAUUUGUCGUUUUAGUAUAUUUUGCUGAUUGUAACUUUAUUUAACAUGAAUAAAAAACUUUUGCGAUA